AUGAAAGUACCAACUCCAGUGGGAAUAGCGACAAUUCGGGUUGAUCAAGCUGCAGCAAGGCAAUGCUAUUCUUUGACUCUAUCUCGAGGCAAGGGAAAGUCUGAAAUGUUGCCCGUAGUUUCUAACCUUCUCACAGACAAGUACGAGGACCCCAGAGAUGAUACCGACUCUGACCAAGAACGGCCCGGUGCCGUGGAAUACGUCGAAGAGGUGGUGUUAUCUGAGGAGUUCCCAGACAGAAUUGUCAAGAUAUGCACUAAGUUGGCUUCGGCUGUCAGGGAAAACCUAAUCUCGUUCCUCCGCUCUAACGCAUCCGCGUUCGCUCGGUCAUACGAGGACAUGCCCGGUAUACCAACUGACAUGGCCAUGCACAACCUUAGCAUUGUACCUUUCUCGGCACUAGUAAGACAAAAGCGCGGGGCCUUCACACACGAAAAGUACCGGGCUAUCCAGGUCGAGGUGAAAAAAUUGAUGGCCAUCAAUUUUGUCAAAGAGGUGACAUAUCCCCGGUGGUUAGCCAACGUGGUCAUGGUACCAAAGAAGACACCGGGAUCAUGGUAUAAUCAGAUCUGGAUGAACCCCGCGGACGAAGAGCACACCGCUUUCACCACAGACAAAGGUCUCUAUUGUUACCAGGUCAUGCCUUUCGGAUUGAAAAAUGCAGGUGCUACUUAUCAGAGACUUGUCAACUCCAUGUUUGUAGAUGUCAUCGGGACCAUCAUGGAGGUAUACGUGGACGAUAUGCUGGUAAAAAGUCUAACAGCAGAAGACCACGUAACCAACGUGUCCAUUGUAUUCUCCAUCAUAUUACGCAACGGUAUGCGCCUAAAUCCACAGAAGUGCAUUUUCGGUGUCGAGGUCGGGAGGUUCCUCGGGUACAUCAUCAGCCACAGAGGAAUAGAGGCUAACCCGGAGAAGGUGCAGGCUAUAUUAGACAUGAUAUCCCCCACUUACCGGAACGAUGUCGAGUCCAUUACAGGUAAAGUGGCCGCCCUAUCAAGGUUCAUUUCAAGACUUACAGACAAGUGCACUCCUAUCUUCAAAUUACUAAAAACCCAACACGUGGAGGUAAUAUCCUGGUCUGCAGAGCACGAGGCUGCUUUUCUCAGCUUGAAGGCAUACUUAGCAGCGGUACCGCUGCUUUACAAACCCGUCCCCAGAGAAAUGCUUUACGUAUACCUCGCGGCAUCUUCUACAGCGGUUUUGCAGAAGCCAGAGACAUCGGGCAGAUUAAUUAAAUGGGCCAUCGAAUUGGGAGAGUUCGACAUCAAGUACCAACCCCGGACAGCUAUUAAGGGCCAAGCAGCGGCAGAUUUUAUUUCUAAGUUGAUUCCCUCUCAUGAUCCGCCCCUGGGAUCACCUGAACCGCCAGCCCCAGACCCACCCCUACCAAGCACUUGGCGACUGCAUGUUGAUGGCGCAUCUAACAAAAAGACAAGUGGCGCUGGUAUCUUGCUAAUCAGCCCAGACGAUCAAGUCUACGAGUACGCCCUCAAGUUUGCCUUCAAGGCAUCCAACAAUGUUGCAGAAUACGAGGCACUUGUAGCAGGUCUACAAAUCGCCCUGGAACUAGGCGUCCAGCACCUUCGUAUCUUCAGCGAUUCCCAGUUGGUUAUGAACCAAGUCAGCGGUAACUUCGAAGCAAAAGAGUCACACAUGUCUUCUUACCAGGCCCUAGCCAGGGCACUGGUUCAGAGAUUGGCCUCCUAUGUUAUCACUCAAAUACCUAGGGCAAAAAAUGACAAAGCAGAUGCCCUUGCAAAGAUUGCGGCUACUUCCCCAAGCCCAGCUUACAAGGCUACCAAGGUCGAAAUACUAGAAAAGCCGAGCUCCUCUAAAAUGGUAUCAGAAAUAUUCACGGUGGACCACACUGCCUCCUGGAUGGACCCAAUUUUGAAGUACAUGGUUGACGGCCUAGACCCGGACGAUAAGGUAGAGGCCCGGCGACUCUAA